AUGAUUUCCUUUACAACUCUCUUGCUUGCCUCAGCCGCACUCGUGCACGCUGCUAUCAACGACGCAUGCACGGCUGGGAGCACACCCGGCGUCUGCCUGACCACUGCGUCGUGUUCGUCCAGCGGAGGCACCUCUCAUCCUGGCUUCUGUCCCAACGACCCCACGAACGUGCAAUGCUGCACCAAGACCUGCGGCUCGGGAGGCACUUGUCGCUUCUCAAACACGUGCACAACGGGAAAUACGCAGACUGGAUUAUGUCCGGGACCGAGCGGCUUCAUUUGCUGCCUUCCCGGUUCGUCGACCUGUACACCACCUGCGGUCAAUGCCGACACAAUCAGCCUCAUCAAACAAUUCGAAGGCUUCGUUCCAAGGCCGGCGCCCGACCCCAUUGGUCUUCCAACCGUAGGCUACGGCCACCUUUGCCAGACCACAAACUGCGCCGAAGUGCCCUUCUCUUUCCCUCUCACCACGGCUCAGGCGAGCACGUUGCUCACCAACGAUCUGAAGACCUUCGAGAGGUGCAUCACCAACGACAUCUCCAACUCCGUGCGUCUCAACGCGAAUCAAUACGGUGCUCUCGUUUCUUGGGCAUUCAACGUGGGCUGCGGGAACACUCGUAGUUCCACGUUGAUCUCGCGUCUCAAUGCUGGGCAGAAUCCGAAUACCGUUGCCGCAGAGGAGUUGCCGAAGUGGAACAGGGCAGGUGGCCAAGUCUUACCCGGUCUGGUGAAUAGGCGUGCGGCGGAGGUGCGCCUCUUCCAGACUGCGUCAAGCGUCAUUGCGCACCCUCCUUGUUAG